AGUGCCCGUUAGCCACAAGCCAUCAGCUGUCUCGGCAGGGCAUGGCCAGGCAGCCCCACCCUCACCCCUCAGCUGGAGCUUGCGGCUCUGAGCAGACAAGGUGCAAGAGGCUGCACGGGGGAGCCCUGCCAGGGGUGCCGAAGGGCAGAGGCUGCAUCGCGGCUGGGACCUUCCCUGAAAAUGGCCCGAGUGGUGAACGCCUAGGAGACCACCCACGAAUGGCCUGCGACGCCACUGCUCCCUGGGGGAAGAUGCUGGCACUCCUGGCAGCCCUGCUCCUCCUGCACAGCGCGCCAUCCGGCUGGGCGCAUUACUCGAAGUCUCCAAAUUCAAGCUCCUGUGUGGUCCUGGACUGGUCGGAAUUCAGUAGCGACACUCCGGAAGCCCUGAACCUCAGCAACCAUGGCAUCAGGGAAAUCACUGGCCCUGCCUGGCUGUGGGAGUCGGUCCACACGCUGGAUCUGUCCUUUAACUGCCUGCAGAGCCUUCCCCCGGAUUUCCUCUCCCAGGCACGCGCUCUCAGGCAGCUCUACCUGCAGCACAACCAGCUGCGGGAGCUGCCCACCGAGUUCUUCAAGAACGCCACCAGCCUGCAGAGCCUGGUCGUGGACUGCAAGUGCGACGUCGUGGGGAGCGUGGUCAGCCACUGCAAUAGCCCCACCAACAGCACGAACCGCACCUGCCUCUGCCUCUCAGAGCAGGAGAAAUCCGAGUUCUACAACGUCACUGAGUUCUACACGCAGCACUGCCAGCCUCUUUGCACGCCGCUCUGCGUGGCCAUCACCAGCUCCGUGCUGGUGCUGCUGCUGGCGGGGGGCCUGGCUGUGGCCUUGUUCCUGCUCAGGAGGAGGAGACAGGCCUCCGUCGUCCACAGCAAACGGGAAUCCACCGCAUCCAUCACCCACGGCCAGCCGCGCUACAUCAGCCGCAACGCAGAGACGGGGCCCGGCCAGGCCGGAGACUAUGAAAACGUCUUCAUUGGCCACUCCCAGCCAGUCGGGCAAUACGAGUGUCUGGAGAGAAAGGGACCGCAGUACAGAGUCCAGCAGCUGGUGGACGAGGACUGUUACAUGGAGAGCGACACCUGCCACGGAGACCAGCCCAUUUACGCCAACACCCAGCAGCUGUACAGCAGCAGCAGCCCCGCGCCCAGUGACGCCGAGGAGGUGUACAUCGUCCCGGACAAAUGAGCCCGCCGCCCGCCCGGAGGCACCCCAGCCCCGGCUGUCUCUGGGGAGCGGUCUCAGGGACGGGGGUGCCACAGUCCCGUUCAGCAGCUGUGACCAUGUGUCACGCCCCGGGGAGGGGACUGCUGGGGAUCCCAAUUAAAGCAAAAUCACCUGGCAAUUGCUUCCCCACCCCCCGGGUAUUACCCUGCAGCCAUGACCCAGUCCAGCCCCACUGGAAUGCAGACAGCUCAGGUUUCCCCUGGGGGGCUGGAAUUUCCCCUCCCCCAUACAGAGGAAGAGCUCCCCACAGGGCGAGGGAGGGGAUCCUACCCCUGCGUCAGUCUGCAGAUUCCUCCAGAAAUAGCUCCCGCUUCUCCUGCCAAAGUGCCUGGUUCUGCACCAGGCUGGCUGAGCCGCUGCUGGGACCCAAACACCAGCAAUUUGGCCUCCAUGCGGUUUCCUCUGCACCUGGGAACUGCGUGUGUGUGUGUGUGUGUGUGUGUGUGUGUGUGUGUGUGUGUGUGUGUGUGUGU